GUCUAAUCACUGCUCCGAAAUGCUACAUAAUUAUAGUCUAACACGGACAUGCCGAUGCCAUCAUCACUUUCUAAUAAUGUCUGCAAAUUAAUUGGGCAUUCACAUGCUGUCAGCUGUUUCUCACUCCUAUUUCUGAACCAAAAUGCAUUAUUUUCACUUUUUCAAUAUCUUAUUUUGAGUUUUAUGUAUAAUGUGUGUGUGAACUGAGACUCAGUUCAUCUUCAUGUCACAGUUUGUUUCUCCACCCUGUUGGCUGUAGAGAAGAUUAAAAAGACAGAUUGGAUACUGCUGCAAUUCAGCCACAAAACCAGAUGGAAAGAAACAUAGCAUUAUACGUCUCCAUUUCUGUUAUUGCCUUUGUCAUCUCAAAGAUCAUCAUGGCAGUCCUCUGCUACCGUCGCUGGAAACAAAGGCACUUGCUUAUCCAAGAUAGUUUCAGAGGGGGGAAACUGGUGCUGUUUACAUCACCCAGGAUCAAAUCAUUGAAAACAGACGUGUUUCUGAAGAAGACGAUGAAGCUCGGCAACAGGGAUAUCAUUGGAUCAGGCGGCUUUGGGACGGUUUACAAGCUGAUGAUUGAUGACUGCAUACCCUUUGCUGUUAAGAGACUAAACAGGUUAGGCGCUGCGGAUCAAGACCGCAGCUUUCAGAGAGAACUGGAGGCGAUGGGGGACAUCAAGCAUCGGAAUGUAGUAACCCUUCAUGGUUACUAUACUGCUCCUCACUAUAAUCUUCUCAUCUACGAGCUCAUGCCUAAUGGCAGUUUGGACGCGGUGCUUCACGGAAAGUCGAUGAACAAGAUGGUUCUUGAUUGGCCUACAAGAUACAAAAUAGCAGUCGGAGCAGCAAGAGGGAUAUCUUACCUCCACCACGAUUGCAUUCCUCACAUCAUACACCGAGAUAUCAAGACGAGCAACAUACUGUUGGAUCAUAACUUGGAGGCUCGUGUGUCUGAUUUUGGACUAGCUACCUUGAUGGAGCCGGAUAAAACUCAUGUUUCGACAUUGGCUGCAGGAACUUUCGGAUACCUGGCUCCUGAAUAUUUUGAUACAGGAAAAGCCACAGCAAAAGGAGAUGUCUACAGCUUUGGAGUUGUAUUGCUGGAGCUUCUAACAGGGAAAAAACCAACAGAUGAGACAUUCAUUGAGGAGGGAACUAAGCUGGUCACCUGGGUAAAGUCAGUAGUGCAAGAUAAGAGAGAAGAAUAUGUACUCGACAGCAGUUUGGUUGAUUGCCCUGUUGAAGAAAUUAACAGUGUAUUUAGCAUAGCAUUGCUGUCUCUUGAGCCAGAGCCAACCAAUAGACCUACUAUGGCGGAAGUUGUGAAGAUGCUAGAGCAGAUAAAACCAGAAGAAUUUAAACCAGAAACUUGAAAUUGUGCUUGUAUUUCAAACAGAAAAAAGUGCAUGGUGAGCAGGCUGGCUGAUUGAUACAUAAGAAUAUGUAUAUGCAUGUCAAAACUUAAGCUCUUCAGUGGGAAUAAAAGUUUGUUCAUAGGAAUAAA